AUGUCUUUAAAAUGUUACAUCAUUUUUGCUUUUAUUCUUCUUAUUGCGUGUUCAACUUGGUCUGCUCCUGUCAGUGAAGGAGGUAAUAGUGAUGGUGGUUUAGUUAAACUGGAAGCUGUUAACGGCACCAGCAAACGUGAUACCACACCCGAACAUUCAGGUUUUAUUAAGAUGGCCGACUUCAAGAACAAACGUGAACCUUCUGAACAUGAGCUCACUGACAACUUGUCUAAACGCGAACUUGGUGAUGAGCUUUCUGAAAACAAAAUCUCUAAACGUUCUAUUAUGUAUUAUGGUG